GUCACAGAUCCGAUCUCAAAACUUCCCUUAAACCUUCAUUGCCCUUGUCCUUUUUUUUUCCUUAUUCCUUUUUUUUUUUCUCUCACUUUUAGCUUCUAAAUCAAAAUAUUUUAUUCAAUUAAUCCCUAUCCAAGCUUCCGGGUUGCUACCUUCGUUCAUUAAUUUUUCUCUGUUUCAUUUGUGUGAUCACAUUCUGUUUCGCUUCAAAUAAAGCAUUUCAUUUUUCCUUUUCAUACUUAUUGCCGGCAAAGAUGCCUCAAUCCUUGCACCAAAGAUCGAAUCACAAUCUUUUUACAACUCUUUACGCGAUGUCUCCACGUUCCUCGUCUAAUUCACAGAGACCCAUUUCGAUUUUCAGCCGAACAGGCUUUAUCCUGCUUCUUUCCCUCAUGAUAGUACUAGGUGUAUUCCUGCCUUGGGUAGGGAUGCCGGAAUUCUUGUUCUCCAAUUCCAAGGUUUCUCUCUCGAAAUGGCGCCACUACACGCUGGCUCAAGCCGCGUCGUUCGUCGCCAAGAACGGGACUGUGAUUGUGUGCGCAGUGAGUCAGCCUUACCUGCCGUUUCUCAAUAACUGGUUGAUAAGUAUCGCCAGGCAAAAGCACCAAGAUAAGGUGCUUGUCAUUGCUGAAGAUUAUGCUACUCUUUAUAAGGUUAACGAGAAGUGGCCGGGUCAUGCUGUGCUUGUACCGCCCGCUCCAGAUUCACAGACCGCCCAUAAGUUUGGUUCUCAGGGGUUCUUCAAUUUUACAUCGCGAAGGCCUCGGCAUCUGCUUCACAUUUUGGAGCUUGGUUAUAAUGUAAUGUACAAUGAUGUGGAUAUGGUCUGGUUAAGAGAUCCCUUUCCCUACUUGGAAGGAAAUCAUGAUAUCUACUUCACAGAUGAUAUGGCCGCAGUGAAACCCCUGAACCACUCCCAUGAUUUGCCACCCCCUGGGAAAAAGGGCAGAACCUAUAUUUGCAGUUGCAUGAUUUUCCUUCGCCCCACAGAUGGAGCUAAACUAGUUAUGAAAAAAUGGAUUGAGGAGCUUUAUGCUCAGCCGUGGUCAAAGACAAAGAAAUCAAAUGAUCAACCUGCAUUUAAUUGGGCUCUAAACAAAACUGCUGGGCAGGUGGAUCUCUACCUGCUUCCCCAGGCAGCAUUCCCAACAGGAGGAUUAUAUUUCAAGAACCAGACAUGGGUUCAAGAAACUAAAGGGAUGCAUGUCAUCAUCCAUAACAACUAUAUUACAGGUUUUGAGAAGAAGAUCAAGCGCUUCCGUGACUUUGAUCUUUGGUUAGUGGAUGAUCAUGUCCUUGAGUCCCCACUGGGUAAAUUAUAACAAGUUAGGAAAACUGUGUAGUCUCUUCCUGCAAAACUUAUCAGUCUGUCGAACCAUGGUGGGAUAUUGGUUUGCUACAUGAAUUAUCUUUCUGUCAGUUACCUACCAAGCUGCCAGCAUGGAAGGGCAAGGAAGAUUAUGGAGACCAAGUAGUUAAUAAUGCUCUUCUCGCGUAGUUCAGAAAAUAUGUUGAAAGAUCCUAUUGACAAUUUGGCAGAAUCAUUAGGGAUGGGAACUGCAAAGGCUUUCGGAAUUGGACAACUCUGUGUAAGUUGUUCUUUUAUCGUGUGGAAAUGGUAUCUUCCCAUCUCCACCUACCUUUGCAUGUCAAGCAAUUUUGUUAUAAAUGGAGUCAGUUUUUCGCCGGGCUUGUAAUUUUCCCUCUGCCCUGCUAUGCAGCAAGUUUUCUUAGGUAUUAACUGGAUAAACUGCAGACUUGCGAGGGAUUAAACUUCUGUUCAUUAUUUUGAUUGAUUAAGGGAGAGUGAACUUCUUGGUUUAAUUUUUGA